ACUCUCUAUUCACGUCCUGGUCAGUGUGAAAUUCACGUCUUCAGUUUCGUCAGUUUCGUGCUCUUGAAGUCUAGAACAAUGGCUACAGAACAAGGUGUAAUCGCUGUGAUUAGGGCUUCUCGUCCCACUUUUCGAGGCCCCCACGACAAAGUCGCGUACGCUAUCCACUCCGCCUUUCUCGCCGCCGGCUAUAUUCUCGUCGCCACCGGUACUUCUGCCUUCGACGACGCCGUUUUGGCCUCACCUUCCACUGAUGAGGUGGGAGUUGAUGGGUGGGAUCAGUUUGAGGAUAAUUAUGCUUUCGUGUACUCGAGUCCCGACAAGGGUUCUAAGAAGAUUUUAGUCAAGUGUUUGGCAAUGAAUGAUGCUUUGUUGGUUGAUGUUUUGAAGAAUGGUGAUGAGGAGCCCUUGCAUCUUGAGAUCAAUGUUAAUGAUUUUACUGUGGAGAAUGGAGGCAGUAAUUACAGUACACAAUUCAAGGAUUUGGGAAAACUUGUGACUAGCAUUAACAACGGGAUAUUAGGUAAACUGAGUGCCGCUUCAUCAUCUAGCUUGGAAACUGCCAAGUCAAGUUCUGCAAAUAAAGGUUCAACAGCCGAUACAUACCAGUCUUCGGAACCUCAGGGCGACCCAUACAAUCCAUCCAGAGUUGUUAUUCCUCCGGUUUAUCCUGGCAUUGGUGGCGAUGAUCGAUUUCCUGGGGCUGGAGCAGGAUUUUAUCCUUCUAGGGAUUAUUAUGGCAUUGGGGGAGGAAAUGUAGUAGGACCAAACAAUCCUAUUUUCGAUAUGCAGUUUGAUGGACAGCGGCCUGUUUUUCCAGGAGGAAUGCCUCCGGGUGUUCCACCUGGUGCUCGUUUUGAUCCAUACGGUCCACCCGGCGUACCUGGUUUUGAGCCCAAUCGAUUUGCAAGAAACCCACCCAGGCCUGGAGGUGGCGCCCACCCAGAUCUUCAGCAAUUUGGAAGGGAUGACUAUAUAUGAAUAGGGUUGCUAGUGUUCAUGCUGUGUGAUAUCUCGGAUCUUUUUGUAUGACUCUAGUAUGAUAUGCAUGAGAAGGUUAAAAUUACAAAAGCAGUGUGAACUUUGAGUUCUUGUAAAUAACAGUUUAUCUUUAUGCUUGUUUAAGCAGUGUUUCCUGAA